CGCCGAAGUUUAACAGUCCAGGCGGGAGCCGGAAGCCCAGCGCCGGAGCGGGCCGCGCCGUGGCCCCCGGUGUCCCGCUGCCGAGAGGUGCAGCCAUGCAGGAAAACCUCAGAUUUGCUUCAUCGGGAGAUGAUGUUAAAAUAUGGGAUGCUUCAUCUAUGACGUUGGUGGAUAAAUUCAACCCACACACAUCACCACAUGGAAUCAGCUCAAUAUGUUGGAGCAGCAAUAAUAACUUUCUAGUGACAGCAUCUUCCAGUGGCGACAAAAUAGUUGUUUCAAGUUGCAAGUGUAAACCUGUUCCACUUUUAGAGCUUGGUGAAGGGCAAAAGCAGACAUGCGUCAGUUUAAAUUCUACAUCUAUGUAUUUGGUAAGCGGAGGCCUAAAUAAUACUGUUAAUAUUUGGGAUUUAAAAUCAAAAAGAGUCCAUCGAUCUCUUAAGGAUCAUAAAAAUGAAGUAACUUGUGUAACAUAUAAUUGGAAUGAUUGCUACAUUGCUUCUGGAUCUCUCAGUGGUGAAAUUAUUUUGCACAGUGUAACCACUAAUUUAUCUAGUACUCCUUUUGGCCAUGGUAGUAACCAGUCUGUUCGGCACUUGAAGUACUCCUUGUUUAAGAAAUCGCUACUGGGCAGUGUUUCAGAUAAUGGAGUCGUAACUCUCUGGGAUGUGAAUGGUCAGAGUCCAUACCAUAACUUUGGCAGCACACAUAAAGCUCCAGCUUCAGGCAUCUGUUUUUCUCCUGUCAAUGAAUUACUAUUUGUAACUAUAGGCUUGGAUAAAAGAAUCAUUCUCUAUGACACUUCAAGUAAGAAACUGGUGAAAACUUUAGUGGCCGACGCUCCUCUAACUGCAGUAGAUUUCAUGCCUGAUGGAGCCACGUUGGCAAGUGGAUCUUCCCGUGGGAAAAUAUAUAAAUAUGAUUUAAGGAUGUUGAAAUCACCAGUUAAAACCAUCAGUGCUCACAAGACAUCUGUGCAAUGUAUAGCAUUUCAGUACUCCACUGCUCUUUCUAAGUCAAGUUUAAAUAAAGGCUGUUCAGAUAAGCCAACAGCUGUGAACAAGCGGACUGUUAAUGUGAGUGCUUCUAGUGGAGGAGUUCAGAAUUCUGGAAUUGUCAGAGAAGCAACCACCACUUCCAUUGCCACGGUUCUACCGCAGCCCAUGACAGCGGCUGUGGGGAAAGGAACAGUUGCUGUGCAAGACAAAGCAGGUUUGCCUCGAAGCAUAAAUACAGAUAUUUUAACUAAGGAAACAGACAGUGGAAAAUAUCAGGAUUUCUCCAGCUUUGAUGAUACUGGAAAAAGUAGUUUAGGUGACAUGUUCUCACCUAUCAGAGAUGAUGCUGUAGUUAACAAGGGAGGUGAUGAGUCCGUAGGCAAAGGAGAUGGCCUUGACUUUCUACCACAAUUGAACUCAGUGUUUCCUCCGAGAAAAAAUCCAGUAGCUUCAAGCGCUGCAGUACUGCAUUCUAGUCCUCUUAAUGUCUUUUUGGGAUCUCCAGGGAAAGAGGAAAAUGAAAAUCAUGAUCUGACAGCUGAAUCUAAGAAAAUCUAUCUGGGUAAACAGGAACCUAAGGACUCCUUCAAACAGUUUGCAAAGUUGAUCCCCGGUGCUGAAACUGGAAAUCUGAAUGCCUCUCCAUCUAAUCAAACAAGAAGUCCUGAGAAAUUUGAAAAGCUGGAGAAAGAAAUUGAAGCCCAGUUAAUACAUGAACCCCCAGUCAAUGGGUCCUCAACUCCAAAUCCAAAGAUAGCACCCUCUGUCACUGCUGGAAUUGCCAGUUCACUAUCAGAGAAAAUAGCUGAUACCAUUGGCAAUAAUCGGCCAAAUGCACCAUUGACAUCUGUUCAAAUCCGUUUUAUUCAGAACAUGAUACAGGAAACAUUGGAUGACUUUAGAGAAGCAUGCCAUAGGGACAUUGUGAAUUUGCAAGUAGAGAUGAUUAAACAGUUUCAUAUGCAAUUGAAUGAAAUGCACUCUUUGCUGGAAAGAUACUCAGUGAAUGAAGGCUUAGUGGCUGAAAUUGAAAGACUACGAGAAGAAAACAAAAGACUACGGGCCCACUUUUGAAAUUUCAGUGAAUACCGUAAUGUUUUGUAAUUUGGGAAGUUUCUGGCAACGCAGAACUACAUGGAUUCAGUAUUGUUUUCUUGGCCUCUGGGAAAAAAAUUUUUUUCAAGUAAAAGGAUGAUGGGAUUUUACACCAACCACUAUUUCAUCUUCUCUGUCAGAAACUAUUUAUAUUUUUAUAUUAAAAACUGUACAAUAUGUCAUCUGCCUAAUAGGAAAGUCAACAGGAUCUUUAUUUUCUGAAAGCUUUAGCUAUACACUAAGUGCCCUUUUUCAUAAGAAAAGAAAAUUGUGCAAAAAAAAGGUUAUGUAUGUUUUUUAAUCACCUUUUUUAACAAAUAUAUUUUCGAUUGACAAUUGCCUUCCAAAUUUUUUUGGAUGUUUGAGGAUUAAAGAGUUUGAUAUGCCUUCUAUUUUUAUGAAAGUAAUUUUAAAAUGACAAUUGGUGUUUCUAAGCAGUUGACUAAUAAAACACAAGGUUGGUUAGUAAUUAUUUUGUUAACUUGAUGAAGUCAAGUAUGGCUAUUAUUUAUUACUUGUACAUUUGAUAAGACAAUUUUUGGAAUUUUGAAUUGCACAGAUUACAUUAUAUCUAUUGCAUUUAUGUUACUGUAUUAUACUUCUGACAAAUCUCUACUCCUGGUUGAUAUUUUUUUAGUUAAUGUCACUUUACCUGUGAAAACUUUUAAAAGUUUAUGACUCAACCAGAGCUGCAUUUCUGCUGAUUAUUUCAUGAAUUAAUAACAUGCAAAAUUAUACUAUGAAGUUUCAGUCAACAUGAUUAACUUAUAAUCAUUGAACAUUUCAUAUUAGAUACUACUACAGUAUUAUUGCCAUUUUUUCCCCCAGAUGAGAAGUGUGGAUUAUUUUGUUUUGUGGCUUAUAUCAUUAACUUUCUCCAAUUCUUUUGUGUGCUGUGUGUAAUAUUUUUAUAUUAUUGACCUUACCAUAAAAUUUAGGAAGGUUAAUUGUCAAAAGAAUUUAUACCUCUUUGACAAUAGGUGGAUGUGUACAUCUACCUGCUGUGGUCUGCAGUUUUAGUGGUGUAAGAUUAGGAGGGCUACUGGCUUGUUUACCUUCUUGUAGUCUCUUGUCCCAAAGAUUUAAACUAUACCUUGUAUACAGCACUCCUGCCCAAUUUUGACUUCUGAGAUGAAAGUAUUUACUAAAAUAAAAAAGAAAUCUAGCUAGCUUACUAACUUUAUGAUUUUCCAAAGCAAUGGAAAAAUUUAAGGAUAUAUUUAAUAAGUGUAAACAUACUAAUAAUUACUUUAAGAAAUAGACAGAAAUACUACGUUUUCCCAGUGCAGCUCAGAGAAUAUGUUUGUAUUGAAGCAUAAAGGGGUGCUAAUGUGAUCUUUCUCCUAACAGAUAAUAAAAGCAUUAUGACUUGUAACAAGUUUCCUUAUAUAUUAUUAUCAAACAGGUUUAGUAGACAUAAAAGUGUGUUUUGCCUACAUGCUGUAUUUAGAUCCGUUAUUAUUUUCCUGUUGCCUUUUUCUAUACAUGCACAUAAUGUGUAUUAAAAGAGGUGAGGUAAACAAAACAAUUUUAUUAUCUUCAUGUGUAUAGACAAAACAUUGUCAUGGAAUGUAAAAGCUUAAAUAAGUUCAAAAAUAAAAUUUUUAUG